UACAUAUCCCAUCCUCAUUUCUCCUCCAAAACUUCCGAUUGUCGCGUCAACUUUCAAAAUCGAUUUAAUAAAACAUACCGCCACUCUCCUUUUUCUUUCCUUUUCCCUCUUGCUCUAGCUCUUUAAUAACUUCCAUAUCUCGCUGGUGAUACAUUCACCAAGUCUUUCUUUUACAUUUCGAUCCUUUCAAUCCUGGUGUAAUCUACCUACCUAGGUGAUUACAAAACAAUACCAAUUCACUCAACAGAAAGGUACAAGGAAAGGUAAGGAACGGAAAGGAAAUAUAGAAUCCAUUCAUUUGGCUUCCUUUUUCCCUACAUUUUCCACAUCUUCGAAGCCCUUCAAGAAGUCGAUAUACUUCUCCUUCUACUCCAAUCGAUUAAUUGUCCCUCACAAAAAGAUCUCUGCAUUGCAGACAUUCCGAAACCAUGGAUAUCGCAUUAGAAGUCACCGACAAAUACUUCUUCGAUCGUUUCUAUUCCGCUCUCUUACCCGCAAAACCUAUACUCUUGAAUGCCAUUGGAGAACAAAUUAAUGGCACAAUACUCGACCCGAAGACGGCUUCAACAUGGCAGUAUCAUCCUUCGAAUUCUUUCCUCCAGUUUGAACCGACAGACGCGGCGUAUACCAGUCAAUGGGAUAGAGAUAAUAUUUUCCGACAAGCUUUCUCAUUGUUCCUGAUUACUUGGAUCGCAGGUGCAGCAAUUUACUUUACAAUCUCUACUCUCUCGUACCUAUUCAUCUUCGACAAAACUACCUUUCAACAUCCCAAAUUCCUCAAAAAUCAAAUCCGCAUGGAAAUCUCUCAAGCAUGUAACUCGAUGCCCUUAAUGUCCAUUCUCACCACUCCCUUCUUCCUCGCAGAAGUUAGGGGCUAUUCAAAACUAUACGAUCUUACAUCGGAAGGACCGGGUAUGUGGUACAAUUGGUUCCAAUUUCCACUUUUCCUCCUCUUCACAGAUUGUUUCGUCUAUUUCAUCCACCGCGGUCUCCAUCAUCCUUCCGUAUACAAGACACUUCAUAAACCACAUCACAAAUGGAUUAUGCCAACUCCUUACGCUUCAAUUGCUUUUCAUCCGGUAGAUGGCUGGAUGCAAUCUCUUCCUUACCACGUCUUUCCCUUUAUCUUCCCACUUCAGAAAUUCGCAUACCUCGGUCUUUUCUUCUUCGUACAAGUCUGGACAGUGUUUAUUCAUGAUGGGGAAUAUGUGGCCAAUAGUCCAAUUUUGAAUGGAGCCGCUUGUCACACGAUGCAUCAUCUUUACUUCAAUUAUAAUUAUGGUCAAUAUACCACACUUUGGGAUAGAUUGGGAGGUAGUUAUAGAAAACCAAAUGAGGAACUUUUCAGAAAAGAGAGUAAGAUGGGACAAAAGGAGUGGGAGAGACAAGUUGCGGAGAUGGAGAAACAGGUUUUGGAAGCGGAAGGAGAGGAUGAUAGAGUUUAUGGUGGUGUGGAAAAGAAGAUGAAUUAGUUUGAACUUUUGAGGAUUGGCAAGGCAUGUAUAUAUGUCAAAUGGCCUUUUGAGUGGGAUGAGAUGAGGGAGGGAAAGGAAUGAGAUGCAUUGAUUGUAUAUAUUGCAUGGUAUGACAUGAAAUGGCAUUUUUGAUGUAGAUUCAUGUCGGUUUGAAAAUAAUGGAUGGAUGGAUGGAUGGAAAUGAAUUACAUAUGAAGGCGUUCAAUUAUUAUAAAGUAUUACAGUAGAAAUAUUAAUGUGGAUGGAUAGGUGAUGGGUGAUGGGUGAUGGGUGAUGAGCCAGAUGAAGAUUGAUGGGAAUAAGAUGGGAGGGAUAGGAUAUACUAGGUAGACUACUAGGUAGACUACCUAUGUUAUGUUAUGUAUCUUUCUUUUCUGGUUACUUUAUUUCUUCUCUUGGUUUGUUAGAUAGAUUAUCAGAUCGUUAGAUCAUCGGAUCAUCGGAUUAUUGGAUUAUUGGAGUGUGCUUUAUUUUAUUUUACUCUCUAUUUUAUAUUAUUUUGUUUUGUUUUGUUUUGUUUUACUCUCUACUUUAAUUUAUUUUUAUUUUUAUUUUUAAUUUGAAUAUUAUUUUUAUGAUUUGAAUUUUAUAAUAUUUGGUUUUAUGUGUUUGGUUUUGAUUUGUAGUAUUUGGUUUUGUAAGGUUUGGUUUUAUGUAUUUGGUUUUGGUUUGUAAUAUAAGGUUUGUAAUGUGAGGUUUGUAGUGUGAGGUUUGUGAUAUGAGAUUUAUUGUGUUUGGUUUUAUAUGUAUGGUUUUAUGUGUAUGAUUGUGUUGGUUCGAGAAGGAUACAAAAGACGUAGCACCCACGUAUUCGUAGGUCCUAAAUGUCUAAUUGUAUUCUAUCUAGAGAGCUAGGUAGCUAUGUCGAAAAGUAGUAGGCCUUAUAUAGGCACUACUAAAAGAGCUAGUCUCUUUCGCAUUCGCUUGAUCCCUGUGAUACAGUAGUUAUUAUAUUAAAGUCAUUUCUUUAAAGUGAAUACUCUUGUUUGUAUAUUUAUGAGUUGAGGUUUGGUGUGAGGUUUGAUGUGAGGUUUGGUUUGUGAAUUGGAAUUUGAGGUUAUAUGUAAUUUGUUGAUUUUUGUAUAUAAUUUAUGAGUUAGGGUUUGGUAUGAGGUUUGAUGUGAGGUUUGUGAGUUGAGAUUUGUGAGUUUUUGUUUUAUAUAUU